AUGCGAGACAGCACCGAGCUGGAGAUUCAUACUUGGAAUGGAAAGGAUGAUCCGGAGAAUCCAUUCAACUGGGGUCCAGGAUAUAAGUGGUUACUGACUGUGACUGUCUGCUUCAUAUCCAUCCUCACUGGUAUCCCAGCCGGUUCCUACGGUGCCGGGAAUAACUACAUGGAAGAACGCUUCCACGUCCAGAACGAACCCUUCCCCAAUCUCGCCUGGGCCACCACAUCCUGGAACAUGGGCGCUGCCUUUUGGCCGCUCAUCUUCGUCCCUCUUACGGAAUCCUCCGGUCGCAUGCCCGGCUACUUUGUCGCAUACAUCAUCCUCAUCAUUUCGCUGUUUCCGUCCGCGUUUGCGCAGAACUUUGCCACGCUGGUCGUGACUCGCUUCUUUGGCGGCGGUGGCUCGUCUGUGUCCAUCAACAUCGUCGGCGGCAGUAUCACGGAUGUCUGGUACGGUGAUAGAGCGCGUAGUCUGCCCAUGUCGCUGUUUGGAUUCACCAGUGUGGUGGGCAUCGCGCUGGGCCCGUUCAUCGGCUCUGCUAUCCAGGCCAUCCAUAAAACCGACCAGUGGCGCUGGAUCUUCUACAUCCAAAUCAUCUAUCUCACCGGCCUCCUGCCGAUCUUCUGGUUCAUUCUCCGUGAAACCCGCGCGGAUGUCAUCCUGUCCCGUCGCGCGAAGAAAAUCCGCAAGGAAACCGGCCGCCCAGUCUACGCCCUCGCCGAGCUCAACACCACGUCCGUCUGGCGCCUCAUGCAGAUCUCCUUUGAGCGGCCCACGCGUAUGCUCCUCACCGAACCGGUUGUCACCUUCUUCACCCUCUGGAUCAGUUUUGCCUGGGGAAUCCUCUACCUCUUCUUCAACUCGGUCGUGCAAACCUUCGCGGCAAACUACGGCUUCAACACCUUCCAAACCGGCCUCAUCCAGCUCGCUAUCUCCGUCGGCGCCCUCAUCGGCACCGUCUUCAAUCCCUUCCAGGACUGGAUCUACUUCCGCUCUGCGGCGAACAAUAAGGAGAUCCCAGGAAAGCCCAUCCCCGAAGCUCGCCUCUACACUGCUAUCCCGGGUAGUCUGCUCUUCGCGGGCGGGCUCUUCUGGUACGGCUGGUCGAGUUUUCCGCACGUACACUGGAUCGUGCCGACGUGUGGUAUCGCCGCCGCCGGUGUGGGCAUCUACUCCAUCUACAUGGCUGUGAUCAACUACCUGACGGACGCGUAUGAAAAGUACGCCGCCUCUGCCUUGUCCGCUGCAUCAUUGGGGAGAAACUCCUUUGGUGCUUUCCUCCCCCUCGCCUCGUAUGUGCUGUUCAACAACCUCGGUUUCGGAUGGGCUGGAUCGUUGCUUGGGUUUAUCGGGAUUGCGUUGUCGGUUGUCCCUGUUGUGCUGGUGCUCAAGGGGCCGGCUAUCCGACGCAGGAGUCCGUUUAUGCGGGAGUCGACUUUUGCUGGUGACGAGGAGGAGACGGAGAAGGUCAAGACGGAGGUUGAGACUGAGGUUUGA